AUGAGAUCGUUUGAGGAGAAGUACGUGGAACUGAGCUGUCUUGGCCAAGGUGGCUUCGGCUCAGUCUACGCUGGACUCCGUAUAGAUGACAAUCUGCCUGUGGCAGUCAAGCACGUUCCCAUUGAUAAGGUGAUAAAUACAACUGUGACCCUGCGUGGGAAGCUCUGCCAGCUCCCCCUGGAGGUGGUGCUCCUACUGAUUGUAGGACAGGGUGGGGCAGACAUGGCUGAGAAGGCCAGGGGUGAGGAGUUGAGGGGUGAGGCCAGGGUUGGAGACGGUCAGGCAGCAGUGGAGCUGCUGAACUGGUACGAGCUGGACCAAGAGCUCAUUAUAGUUCUGGAGAGGCCUGUACCCGCCGUGGAACUGUUUGACUAUAUCCAGGAGAGAGGAGGAUGUCUUCCAGAGGAUCAGGCCAAAAUCAUUCUGAGGCAGCUGGUUGAGGCCAUGGUCAAUUUUCACUCUUGGGGUGUCCUCCACCGAGAUAUUAAGCCAGAGAACCUUCUGGUCGAGACCGGAUCUGCAGUUCCACGGAUUAGGGUUCUGGACUUUGGCUGUGGCUGCAUUAUUCAAGAAGCACCCUACACCGAGUUCCUUGGGACCAAAAUGUACAUCCCUCCUGAAUGGUACCUCCAUGGUUCCUACAAGGCGGUUCCAUCCGCUGUCUGGCAGCUGGGGGUACUGUUAUACAACGUGCUGUCUGGGAUAUUCCCCUUUCGCACACCCGACCAGGUCCUUUAUUGUGAUCCUAUCCCUACCAUGGAUGGGUUUUCCAGCCGGCAACACCAAGAGGUGUAG